AUUAUAACAUUGUAACAAAUUUUGUGCGACUUUUUUUUUUCUUUGUAUAAGACACUUUUCGAAAAUAAAAAUGGCAAUAACAUCGAAUAUUCAAGUUUACUUUUGUAUAUUUUUUGCUGUUUUGCAUACAGAAGGAACACAAAAUACAAAAAAAAAUGCUUUUAUAAUAAAUAACUUACUACAUCAACCAGGAUGGAGAAAUAUUAGUAAUGUCAAAUGUAUUAAAUAUAGAAACAAAGACUAUAUUAUAAACGAUAUUUGUGAUAAACAUGUAACAACUAGCAAUUGCGAUAAUUUGAUACGACGAGCAACGAUAUUCCUUGGAAGUUCUUACGCUCAAGAUUUUACUAUAAUAUUAUUUUUAUUAUAUAAUUUUCAAAAACAUUGUUUUAAUUUAUUAAAUUCUGAUAAUGAUAGUGCGCACAAGUGUACAGUCACACUAUUAGCAAAAAUGAAUGAAAUUAUUCCGAUGGCAAAAUUUAUGAAAGGAGCUUUAUAUGCUAUUGAAAAAUGUCAUAAUAUACCUUUAUACAUCCAUAAAAAAUCACGUUUUAUUUUAAGCAACUUUCUAACAAAUAUACAAGAAAAUGAAACAUUAAAAAAAUUAGCUUUAUUAAUAAACAGUUCGGAUUCGAUUACAUCUGUAUUAUUAAGUAUCAAGGAUAUUCUAAUCACAAGAAAUUCUGAACUAAAAAAAAAAGAUUUAUCAUAUUGUGAACUAAAACCUUUUGAUAUGAAUUUAUUGUGGAAUUUAUGGAAUAUGGAAUUUGACACAUUAAAAUCUCAAGGAAUAUAUGAAGAAUUAUACAUAUUUCUUAGUGAUAAAAUCAAAAAUUUAAUCUUAACGACAAUCUGGAAAAAGUACAUUGAGCUUGGAUUUAAAUUUGAUUUGAAUAAAGGUCGGACGUUUUUACCUACUCCACCUACCUAUGAUAUUGAAGAUAUCACACAAAAUUCAAUUAAUAUGACACAACAUACUAACGAGAUAGAUUUGCUAGAUGAGUAUCAUAAACAUGAUAUUUCACAAAAUCCUUCAAUAAAUUUAGUACAGCAUACCACUGAAGUAAAUGAGAUGAAAAAGAUUCUAGAAGAAUAUAUCGCACAGUACUCUUUUAGAAAUUUGACGCAACCUAACAUUGAAGUAGAAAAACAAGAAGAGAUUAAAAAAGAAGAUACCACCCAAAAUCCAAUAAAUUUGACAGAACAUACCAAUGAACUAAAUGUCCUAAAAGAUAUUCAACAACAUGAUAUUACACAAUACAAUAAUUCUAUAAAUUUGAUGCAACCUACCAAUGAGGUAGAUAAACAGGAUAGGAUUAAAAAAGAAGAUUUCAUAUGUGAAGUAAAAGAUAAUUCAAACUUACAAAUCGAUUAAAUUUAUUAAAUUGAUCAUAAUUGAACCAUUUUAUAAGUUAAUUUUCAUGGAAUAAAUUUUUAUCAUGUUUGUUACUAUAUAAAAUAAUUGUCUUAAUUUAAUUUAUAUGCAUUAUUUUAAUAUUUAAUAAGAAAAUACAAUUAAUUAUUACCAAUAAUAUAUUUUAUUAAUAUAACCAAGAAAGUUGGAUUGUUGUAUAUUUUUACAUUAAUUAUAAUAGUUAGAAAAGACAACAAGAAUAAUACAAAAAUAACAAUGUUAGUACUGUGGCAGGAAAUGGAUCUAAUAAAGUAUAUUAAAUAGUUUUAAUAGAGAAUUCUGUAUUUUUAUUUAUUUAUAUACAGUUAUUUAUUUACCAUGACCGGUUAAUU